UGUAAUUAAAACUGCAACGGUUAGUAAACAAUGCUUAAUGAUACCCUUGUUGAUACCGCUUUUAACAUGUGAUUCAUUGAUCUUAAUUUAAUUUCUGAUGAUGAUGAACAGAUGAACAAAUGAACGAAGAUGACACAAGGUAUGGACCAAUUGGCGAAGAAAAGUAAUGAAGAUAUUUUCUUGUCUAGGACACCAUCAAUAGUAUGGCCUUCUGAUAUUACCAGGAAUGACGUAACGACACACAAGAGCAGCGACUCCGAUCAAAUCUUAAAACACGUAUUAACUGAUAUAGCAUCUAGAUCUACUGUGCAUGGAAUAUCAAAUAUUGUGUCUUCAAAGUCCAUCUAUACAAGAUUAGUGUGGAUAUUAGCAUUCCUUGCCUGUUUAGGCCUCGUUGUGUAUCAGCUGGUCAAGAUAUUUGUUCUGUAUUCGUCUUUUCCAACACAAACUACAUAUAAAUUAGACGGCCACUCCGAGUUUCCAUCGGUUACUGUCUGUAACAAUGGAUAUGCUGAAUACGACUACUCCUAUACUCACCUUGUUGAAAAUAUGUUGGUGAACUGUAAAUAUGCUCAAGUCAAUGGUUCUUGUGAAACGCCAUCUUCUUAUGUGUCAUCGAAGUAUGGAACUUGUUUUACACUUAAUCCUCCUGACUAUUUAACCAAGCUUAGUGGUCUUCAAGGCGGAAUAACACUGGAACUUAACCUUGAAACACAUCAACAGAGGAAUAUAGAGUAUGGUAUGCGAUUUACAUUUCACGACAAGAACACCUUUCCAUUUCCUUUUGAAGAAGGUGUCACGGUUUCAGGUGGGGAUGUUGGAUACAUAGCCAUAAAUUCGAGACUAAUAAAAAGACUUGGUGGUGAUUAUGGUGAUUGUCAAAACGAAAAACAAAUAUAUGGACGAAUAUACACAUCAAAGGCUUGUUUACAGUUAUGUUGGGAGGACCUUUUAUACGAAGAGUGUAGCUGUAUUGACCCUGGUCUGGAUUCUCUUCUAUGGCAAGUUGGAAAUAUUACAGGAUCAAACUGCUACAACAAGAUAAUAGGAGAACCGUCACCAUGUUAUUUAAGAGCUCGCGACUUAUAUUUGUCGCCUGAAAGAAGAAGUGGGUGCGAUUGUCCAUUAUCUUGCAGAGAAAACACAUAUUCGUUGAAACUAACUCGGCACCAAUGGCACACAGGACCAAAUGUGGGUUUAUAUAUGGACAAAGUAUGUGAACAGAUAUACAACAGCUCAACAUUCAGUUGUGAAUUGGCCACUUUGUAUUCAGACUCCUUCAGGGAAGCAAGUGACAACUUCAUGAAAGUUGUGAUAUAUCUUCAAGAUUCCGCUCGAGAAAUAGUUGAAGAGGAGCCUCUGUAUCAAAGAUCACAGAUGCUUGCAGACAUUGGUGGAUCCCUUGGACUAUUCAUUGGGGCAUCCGUUCUUAGUCUGGGAGAAGUAAUAGAAGUUUUCACGGCUAUCUUCUGUCGGAGAAAGAAUAGCCACCAGGCCGAUUCUAACUGAGAUAAAACAUUUCAGAAAUCUCAAAUUUCUAGACUUUAAAUGUACUUUUUAUUCUAUUUCAUAUCGACGUCAUCCCAUUUUAUAAUGUUUAUAAUAUGAUAAGUACACUUUUAUUUAAAAAAAAUAUAUUAGACAUAUCAAUAAGUUUUUAAAAAAAAGGUUAUGCUGAAAUUAAUGUGGAUUUCAUGCGUGAUAGCAUGGUCUCUAAAAUAUUGCAUGCUACAUAAUUAAACCAAAGUCCAGUAUCCUUCAUAAGCACUUCAUUGAUUGAGACAGACAACUUCCUACAAGAGACAAGAAUACAUACAUGAAUAAACAUAUCGGUAUAAUGUUGGUACGUAGCAAUCAAAGACUAGUCAAUGUUCAAGUUUUAAGGAUAAUUAUUGUCGACUUGCAUCUAGUCAUUUCAUAAAAGGAAAACAAAAAACUCUUGCAUCGUCCAUCUCAUACUAAAUAGAAGUCAGUGUUACCACACUUGAACAAGUAAUAAAAAAAUUUAAUCUCUACCAACUAAGGAAAGCCAUGUCGUAACGUGCUCGUUACUAUAUACAGGGAGUUUUUUGCUAGGGUAACCACAGCUAUUAUUUGUUUAUUGCUGCUGGAAAAACACCAAAACAAAAUUAGAAAAAAACACAACACACAGUCUCCAAUGUCAUGUUACUAUAAGAAAACCUAUCAGAAUACGAAUAAGUAUUGUUUCAAUAAGGUCCCUAGAUGGACAGCAUGUAUUGACAUUACAUUAUGAUUUUGUCACACAUUUUUACAUUAAAUUGAACUAUCAUUAUUAAAUGUUAAUAAAAUUAAAAACCUUCUUAAUUAAUACAU